AUGAUCGCUGCCAACCUCCUCACUCUGGCCGUCGCCGCCGCCGGCGCCGUUGCCGCUCCCCUCCAGAAGCGCGCCUACUCGGGCACCGCCACCUACUACGCCGCUGGUCUCGGCGCUUGCGGUGGCACCAACAGCGGCAGCGACUUCAUUGUUGCCCUCAACGCUCCCACCUGGGGCACCUCGGACGGCCAGCGCAGCUCGCACUGCGACCAGCAGGUUGUCAUCACCAACAACAAGAACGGCAACACCCAGACCGCCACCGUCGUCGACCUCUGCCCCGGCUGCGGCUACGGCUCGCUCGACAUGUCGACCGGCCUCUUUGCCGCGCUCAACAACGGCAACAUGGACGACGGCGUCUUCCCCAUCACCUGGCACUGGGCCGGCGAGAGCGCCCCCGCCCCCGCCCCCGCUCAGGAGAAGCCCAAGCCCAAGCCCACCCCCAAGGAGACCAAGACCAAGGAGGUCGCCUCGGCCACCCCCACCCAGCGUGAGGCCAAGCCCACCCACAGCGCCUCGUCGACCUCGGCUGCCGCGCAGCCCCAGGCCACUGGCUCGGCCACCACCGUCGUCACCACCCCCGAGCGCUGGUCCAAGGUCGACAACACCUGCAACUUCACCGCUGACGAGAAGACCCUCGGCGUCGCCAUCGGCCCUUCGGCCCUGCUGAGCAAGGACGACCUCUGGAAGGCCUGCGGCAAGUGGAUCCAGAUCGAGAACAACCAGAACGGCAAGUCGCUCAGCGUCCAGGUCGUCAGCUACCUGCCCGAGGCCGAGUCGACCUUCCUCGCCAUCGCCGACGGCUACACCUGGCUCUCCAACGUCUACGGCGACUACGUCGAGCCCAUCAAGUCGCUCACCUGGGGCUUCAUCGACGGCCAGGACAUCUAA